CAAUUCAUCUCGUAGAGACAACUCCCUCGCCCCCACAAAAGCGCAAAACGAAAAAUUCUGUGGGUGGCGGGAAGUAAUAAUACAUGCCUAGCUAAUUCGAUGGACCAUUGAAUGAGUAAACGUUUAUACAAAGAGGAUAGGACAGUUGAAGCUGCUGCUGAACUCUAAAUUAUACUACAUGGCUAUGCUUGCUCUCAAAUUUUGCUUGAAUCGGGCAGGCUUUGAUACUGCCAUAUCUCCAUAUCCAGCGCUAGCGCUCAGUAUAAAUAGGGGUAGGACUAGGAAAAUGAACAUGAAUGCUAGUAUAACGAGGAGCGUGAGGGCAUUGUGUAUCAGAGCGGACCCCCUGAGUCUAACAGAGCAGCAGCUGAUGGAGCAGUGUGAAAUGGAGACAUUCAAAUCCAGCGGGCCAGGAGGUCAGCAUCGCAAUAAACGGGAAAGUAGUGUUCGCCUCAGACACCUUCCCACCGGUAUCAUCGCUCAGGCAGUAGAAGACCGUUCCCAGCAUAAGAACCGUGCAGUAGCAUUGGAGCGGCUGCGUCAGUUGAUAGCUCUCAAAGUCAGGAACCCAAUAGAUCUUGAGACAUACAAACCUCCGCCUGAGCUCAUCCAAAUACUUCCAGCCAAGGCAACAGUAAGGGGGCCUGAUUCUAAUCAGCGAAUUGGGCCAAACAAUGCAAAAUUUUUUCUGGGUGUACGAGCUCUGCUAGAUUUGCUUAUGGCAGUUGAUGGGUCAGUAUCUGAUGCAGCCAGCCUGCUAGGAAUAAGCACCGGUGCUUUGUCCAGAUUGAUAUUAUCUGAUGAUUCUCUCCGAAUAGCAGCAAAUGAUCUCAGAGCCUCAAAGGGUUUAAAGCCACUUCGAUGACAUUCUGCAUCCAACAAUGAAGAAGCAUAUGCUUAAGUGGUUGUAAAGGGGAUACUUAAAAAACCUAACUACCAUGUUCCAGCCACAUGGACAAGUUGCCUUUGAAAUAAUUGGUAAAAUGUUUCUUAUGUAAUAUAUGCACUCAAUAAAAUGAAUUACUACUUAGGAGAAACACAUCACUAUGUAAUUAUCAUUGCAAUUAAAAGAUCCUCUAAAAAAUGAAUACUUCAAAAACUUUAUUAUAAGUAUGAUUUUUUGUUUGA